AAAUAAGCUACAAUAUAAAAUAAACGAUAUCAGCGGCCUUCUGUACGAUUAUCACGUACCUCCUAUAGCAUUCAUUCAUUGACAAUAACAAAUAAUUUGAGAAUCAAAACAAACGAGAAGAUAAUUUUAGCAGCAAAAACCUCAUUAUUCGUCUCUUUUCCGUCAGUUCAUUCAAAACUAUCGACAGAAUUUAGUGAAUUUUAACAUUCUGUGUGCCAUAAUUGACAAAUUUUUGAAAAAUUUAAACAAAAAAGGCUGAAAAACGAGUUUAAGACACGUAAUUAUUAUCAAAACUCUUGGUCGGUGCGAUAAGAGAUAAAUAUUCACUUGAAGCACGUCAAUCAUUUCACAAGUGUUUUUAUCAUUUUUAUGGUUUUAUUGGAAUAUUUUAAAAAUUACUAACAUCGUAAAAAAGGAUUAAUUGCUUAAAAAUGGAGCUUAAAGUUGUAUUUUUUGGUUUAUUUUUUAUUUUUGCUGAAACGAUGGCUGCAACGAAAAAUUUGACCGCUAUUCGAUGGGCUCAUGCUGUAAACUCACAACAACUGCUCGAUGAGUCGCUAAAUGGUCCCAUUGACAUGAUCGAAGCUGACAUUGUGCUUGGAACACUCACCAACAACGUCACAGCUCCCGAACAACCAGUCAUGGGACAUCCACCUGCCACAACCUCUGACAUCUCCUUAGACUCGUUCCUGCGUCAAAUUUUAGAGUUCAACAACAAAAACUCAUCGGCGACGAAAAAAGGCGUCAAACUCGAUUUCAAGUCGACCGAAGUUUUUAACGGAUCUCAAGCAUUACUGCGCGAACUCUGGCCUCUCAUGGACUAUCCGGUUUGGAUAAAUGCCGAUAUCCUCAGUGGACCAGUUAACAACACAGAAACACGUCCCGUGGAUGCCGACAUUUUCUUGCAAGCAUGCAAAAACUUCACAAAUGCCGUUCUUUCGAUCGGAUGGACAACGCGAUGGGGCAAAGAUUUCCGCGAUGGAACUUAUGAAACAGACCAAAUUGACACAAUGACAUCGGUUAUCCGGAAUAAUAGUGUGCCAAAUGACAUUACGUUCCCAAUUCGAGCUGGAAUAGCUGCCAAUAGCAAAUUAGAGCUGCAAAACUUGUAUUUGGACUUGAAUCGCACGAAUAAUGUGACGAUGACGGUGUGGUCUUCAGCUGGCGAUUACGUCGACGUGAAAAAGUUGAAAGAAUUGAUUCUCGCAUUCGGUGUCGACAAAGUUUACCUCGAUGUGCCAAAAGAAUUGGAAGAUAAACUCGAUCUCGGAAGCAGUGGCGCUUUGAAAUUAGGCAGUGGACUGAAGUGGAUGGGAUACGUCUUCCUCGCUUUGAAUGUUAUUGUUUACAAAAUGUUUUAUUAGACCUGAAAAAGUUUUAAGACGAAAAAUAUAAAGUUGAAAAGUA